GUGAUUGUGAAACAACAGAGUCCCCAACGCCAGCACAAACGCCGAAGGCCAAACACAGUGGCUCACCUGUAAUUUAACUAUACCCCAAGCCCCAUUCCCCUUGCUCACUCGCACUCUUUCCACUGUCUCUUUCCUUUCUACACCCUAAAAGCGCACACAGAUCAGUUCAGCUCCUCAGUUCUCAUCUCCGAAACGCAGCGUUUCACCGAUCCAAAACGACAAUGCAGCUCCGGCAAAACUCGGCCAGGACCUUCGGGACCCUACCGGUCCUCCUCUUCGUCCUGGCCCUCUCCGCCACGGCCCACGCGCACAACAUCACGCGCAUCCUGGCCAAGUUCCCGGAGUUCUCCACAUUCAACCACUACCUGACGGUGACUCACCUCGCGGGUGAGAUCAACCGGCGCACCACCAUCACCGUCUGCGCCGUCGACAACGCCGCCAUGUCCUCCCUCCUCGCCAAGCACCUCCCACUAUACUCCCUCAAGAACGUCCUGUCUCUCCACGUCCUCCUGGACUACUUCGACGCCAAGAAGCUCCACCAGAUCACCAACGGCACCGCCUUAGCCGCCACGCUGUUCCAGGCCACCGGCUCCGCUCCAGGCUCCACCGGUUUCGUCAACAUCACCGACCUCAAAGGCGGAAAAGUCGGUUUUGCCCCCGAGAACAGUGAACAAAUCGAAGCUUACUUCGUGAAGGGCGUGGAGGGAAUCAAAUAUAACAUCUCCGUCAUCCAGAUCAGCAAGAUCCUCCCUUCCGAAGUGGCCGCAGCUCCGACUCCGGGCCCCGCUGCCGUCAACCUUACCUCCGCCAUGUCCGCUCACGGCUGCAAGGUCUUCGCCGACACACUGUUGACAGACUCCGAGGCUGAGAAGACGUUUCAGGACGGGGUUGACGGAGGCUUGACGGUGUUCUGCCCCGUCGACGACGUGUUCAAGGCGUUUCUGCCAAAGUACAAGAACUUGACGGCCGGCGGGAAGACGUCGCUGCUCGAGUACCACGGCGUGCCGGUGUACCUCUCCAUUUCGACGCUGAAAUCCAACAACGGCGUUAUGAAUACGUUGGCCACCGAUGGAGCGAAGAAGUACGAUUUCACGGUUCAGAACGACGGCGAGGAAGUGACGCUGCAGACGAAGAUCGUGACGGCGAAGAUCACCGGCACGCUUCUCGACGAGGAUCCCGUGGCGAUCCACACGAUCAACAAGGUGUUGCUGCCGAAGGAACUGUUCAAGGCCGAGGCACCGACUCCGGCUCCGGCGCCGUCUCCUGACGAGGCGGCCGACGCGCCAAAGAGUAGCAAGAAGAAGAAGAAGGCAGCGUCGGCGCCUGCUGACAGCGCGGACUCACCUUCACCGGAUGCGGAUUCGGCGGAUCAGACCGCGGACUCGAACGGAGCCGUUAGAUUCGACGGUAUCAGUAUGGGAUUCGGAUCUUUGGUCCCCUGUGUGUGGCUACUAGUGCUUACACUGCUGUAAGUUCUUUUCUUUUAUUUUUUUAUUUUUAUUUUUUUCGUUUUUACCUUUUUAUUGAGGAACCCAAUAAUUGAGAGGCCGUGGUGGAGUAAUUUAAUUAGUUCUAGUGUAAUAUGAAAAACAAAAAAAAUGUCUUCUUAUUUUCUUAUAUUGUUUGUAGUGUGUUGAUUUUUGUUUUUGUUUGUGUAUUUUUUUUUUGGGUUUUCUCAGAGAGAAUUUCCUAAAUUUGUAACUUUGUUUUUAAUGGUGUAUCAAUGCUUGAUGAGAUUUUAUGAUUA